AUGUCAAGCGAGGUGAAGACAUAUUCUAUCGAGGAGUUGUAUGCUCUAAGGAAUCAGAAGCUCAAUGUUGGAGUCACCUUGAUGCACAAAAAGUCGAAGAAAUCGAAGAAAAAAGUGCAACAAGACAACUCCUCACCCGCCGAGUUUUUUGAGCGUUAUCGAUGGAUCAUGCACGACGUCGUCUUGAUAACCAAAAGUGGUGAGACGAAACUGAGUGGGAGUCAGUUGUAUGAGAUGUUUCUUCAAGGGAAGUUGCUACUCCACGAAUGUACAGUAAAAUCGCAAGACACGAACAUUCCAUUUGUUCUUCAGCUUAAAAAGUGUGUAGACAUAUACAAGAAGAUAUUAGACAUUGAUGCCUCGAAGGAAGAGGAGCGCAAGAAAUUGAAAGAAGAAGAAAUGAAGAAACCAAAGGCGGCUAAGCCAGUCUACAACGAGCAUGAAGUUACUGAGCCUUUGUUUGAUCCACUUGCCGAGUUAGAAGGAGUCGACUGA